AUGGGGAAACUAGCAGCGUAUGCUGCCGUUCGACGACGCCAGCCUGAGCCGCCAACACCUGAGCUAGAAAUUCGUGCCGACGCCGCUAAUCCGGCUGCUACAGAAGAAGAAGCUACGGUGGCGACCGCUAAUAUGGUUGCUACAGAACAAGCGGUUACGGUGGGAACCCCUAUUAUGGCUGCUACGGAACAAGGCGCUAAUAACGCUGUUGAUACGAGCCCAAUUGCUAUUGAGGAUACAAAUGCUGGUGGUGGCGCUGCAAGUCUCGAGGAGGAACUAAAGACUGACGACGAACUGGGUCUAGAGGCAUGUGAUAGAGAUGACGACGAACCGGGUCUAGAUGAAUUUGAUCGAGGUACCUUUAUGGAAGCCUUCCGUGCUGAGAAUCGCUUUGGUCCAGUUGACGUAGAUGAUGUCAAUAUUGGUGACGAGUCGUUCCUAUGCAGUGCCGAGUCAGAUGACGAGGAUUCGACCCGUGAGCGACAGCUUGCAGCCCAAGCUAAAGACCCUAAGAAAUUCGUGGAAGCCCUAGAAGACAUCAUUGACAAGCCUAAAAGACAGAAGCCAAUUCGAGAGCACGAGAUUUUGCACGUGAUCGAGAAAACGUUUCGUCGCGGAUAUCGUCUCGGUCCACGUUCCCAUGUGACCCCGUACACUAUCGUGAUUUGGUACGCUUCCACUGCCCCGUACUACCUGUUGGAAUGUCAUGCUCUUCACUGGCCCGUGCUCUUCCGUGUUCCUCCUGGCUUCGUGGCCCACGCUGCUUAG